AUGGAUCCUGAAUGCAAUGUUAAAAAAACAAGAAACCCUGUAAAAGACGCCAAUUUUUUCAAAAAGUUAUUUUUCUUAUAUACAUUACCAUUAUUUAAAACAGCAAGAAAACGGGACUUAAAUUUGGAUGAUGUGUAUGAAGUUGUGUCUGAAUUUAAGGCUGCUAACGUUGGUAAAUCCUUGGAGGAAAAAUGGACUUUUCUUAAAAUUAAAAAUACUUCAAUUUCCCUCUACAAGUUAAUAUGGAGUCAGUAUGGGAAAUCCUAUCUUCUACUGGGACUAAUACAACUCAUAUGUAAAAGCAGCAUUGUUAUUCUUCAUCCAAUAUUUCUGUUCAAACUAUUGCAAUAUUUUAAAACCCCCGAACAAUACACCAAAUUAGAAGCUUACAAAUAUGGCUUUUCACUAAUAUUCAUAACAAUUUUUGGUUGUAUUUACAACCACAAUUACAUGCAAAUAGUAACAGAGUUUGGCAUAAAAGUAAGAACAGCGUUCUCCAGUUUACUCUUCAGGAAAGUUUUGAAGCUAUCACCAUCAGCUCUGAAAGAGAUUUCAGUCGGGAAAAUAUGUACAUUAAUGACCAAAGAUAUGCUUGCUUUCGACAGGAUUUUUAUUUUUUUAAACGACUUGUGGAUUGGUGUUAUACAGACAACAAUUAUUUGCUAUCUAAUUUACUCAAAGGUUGGAAUAUCGGUGCUUUCUGGACUUGGAUGUCUACUACUUCUAACACCUCUACAAGUGUUUUUGGGCAAAAAAAUGGCACAACUUAAGAUGGCAACAGUUAAAAAAACCGACGAGCGCAUACAGUCAACACAAGAGGCUUUAUCUGCAAUCAAAAUAAUCAAAAUGUAUGCUUGGGAUUUAUUUUUCUACACCAACAUAAGCGAAAGCAGAAAAGAAGAAGUAGUCAAAAUGAAGCACUUAUUCUAUGUUAGAGCACUAGGGAUGAUAUUACCUCUAUUAAACUCCAAGAUAUCUCUGUACCUACUUCUAAUGACCUAUGUUUGGUUGGGUAACCAAGUUGACGCACCAACAAUUUUUUUCGUCAUCACGUGCUAUAACAGCAGCCUUAGGUCAUACCUACUUAACACAAUACCACUCGGCAUUAUAUCUUUAUCUGAUGUUAAUGCCAGUCUAAAAAGGUUGAACUAUGUGUUAUCGGCAGAAGAACUAAAAGAAACCUCUGGAACAAUAUACUUGGAGCCAUUGGUAUACCUAAACAAAAUAGCCGUUAAAGUUGAAGAAAAAGAAAUAUUAAGCUACGUAUCUUUAAAAAUACAGUCAGGAUUGAACAUAAUAUCGGGUGAAUGCGGAAGUGGGAAGACUACCCUCAUAAAAACCAUUAUAAAAGAAUUACCAAUAAGCAAAGGCAUACUAAACAUACAGGGAACAAUAUCAUACUCCCCAGAAGACCCCUGGAUAUUCCCAUCGACAAUCAAACAAAAUAUCCUCUUUGGACAACCCUAUAACGAAGCUAGAUACAAGGACAUCUUAAAGGUGUGCUGCCUAAACAAAGAUCUACAAACCCUACUAAAUGGAGACAACACACUAGUAACCGACAAAGGAGCAAACUUAAGUACAGGACAAAAAGCUCGAGUUAGCUUGGCAAGAGCAUGUUAUAAAGACUGUGAUAUAUAUUUAUUUGACGACUCCUUGAAAGCGUUGGAUACUAAUGUAAGCAACUAUGUGUUCCAUCAAUGCUUUAAAGGUUUCUUGAAGGACAAGAUUAUUAUUUUUGUGAGUAAUAAUAUACAUUUCAUCAAGCUAGCUGAUAACCAAAUAAUAUUGAAUAAAGGUAAAACGUUGACCAUUAAAAGUCAGAAGGAGGAACUUGAUAAAAGGAUAACCUAUUAUAUUGACGAUGUCGAGGAGAAUCAAUUUGAAGGUGAGAAUAACAGUAAGGAACCUACCGAAACAGAUGAAUUUUUGGAAAAACCCAAAGUUGAAGAUGCAUAUAAAGAAAUAAAUAAGGAAGGGAAGGUUGAGUUUGCAGUGUACAGAAGAUACUUUGGAUAUUAUGGGGGUGUUUUCAUAAUUUUCGUGGUUAUAUGUUUAUUUGUGGCAUUCCAAGUUGUAACGAGUUCUGGUGAUAAACUCAUAGGAAAAUGGACCGUACUGCAGGAAAAUAUGACCAAAUUAGAAGCAAACGGCACUAACAACACAAUAUUAUCAGAAAAACAAAACGAAAUAAAUGAUAUUAUAAUGGUAUAUUCAAUCCUUGUAUUUGGAAGCGCAGCUUUGGCUAUAGUAAAGUCGUUUUCACACUUCUAUCUAUCAGCAGCCUCAUCAGAAAAGAUACAUAACGAUUUAAUACGUUCGGUUUUACACGCAAACAUAGAUUUUUUUGAUAGAAACAAGGUUGGGAAUAUUAUAAACAGAUUUGCGAAAGACUUGUGUGGUAUUGACGAGUUUAUACCGUUUAUGCUGUAUGAAAUAUUUAGAGUUCUCUGUGCUUUGAUUGGCACAAUUGUUGUUAUAUCGAUGGUUAACAUAGGAUUUUUGAUACCGGCAACUCUUCUCAUCAUAAAAUUGUACUUUGUUAGGUCGAUGUAUAUCCCCGUAGGAAGAAGUCUUAAGAGACUUGAUGCUGCAACCAGGGGUCCUCUCAUGUCCCAUAUAAAUGCCACAAUAGAUGGUAUUACAACUAUUAGAGCGUAUAACAUGGAAAACAAAGUCAAACAAGAAUUUGAGAAUCACCUGGACAUGUACACAUCUGCUUCUUAUAUGAUGAUUUGUGCAAUCAGAACUUUUGGUUUUAUUUUGGAUAUGACUUGCACCAUGUUCAUCACAAGUGUUAUAGUGCACUUUUUAUUUAUAAGUGGAGAUAAUACAGGCAAUGUAGGGUUAGCUAUAACACAAGCAAUGGGGUUAACGGGGAGCCUCCAAUGGGGUAUUAAGCAAUGGGCUGAGUUGGAAUCUCAAAUGACUUCCAUGGAAAGAGUUAUGGAGUAUACAGACACAGAUCAGGAACAUUCAAAUGGACAAAUUUUGAACAACUGGCCCAAUAAAGGCAAAAUACAGUAUUGUAAUGUAAACCUGACAUACAAAAAUGGUUUAAAGGCAUUGAAGAAUAUAAACUUCACAAUUGACGCUGGUAAAAAAGUUGGUAUUGUUGGAAGGACAGGGGCUGGGAAGACAUCGAUAACAACAGCUUUAUUCAAACUAUACCAAACAGAAGGCGAUAUUUUUAUAGAUAGCGUUAAUAUAAAUACAGUUAACUUAAAUUGCCUUAGAAUAAAAUUAUCAAACAUUCCACAAGACCCAGUGCUAUUCUCAGGUACGAUUCGUAGUAAUAUUGACCCACUGGGCAAAUAUACAGAUAUGGAGAUAUGGACUGCAAUAGAAAAAAUGAAGUUAAAGGACUUGGUGCAGUCUUUAGACCAAAAGGUACUGAAUUCGGGGAAUCAGUACAGCUCUGGAGAAAAACAAUUGAUUUGUCUGGUAAGAGCAUUUGUUUGCAAAAGCAAAAUCAUCAUCCUUGAUGAAGCAACGGCAAACAUGACUCAAGAAUUAGAAGGGAAACUACAGAAAACCAUAAAGGAAUGUUUUGGGGAGUGUACCAUACUAACCAUUGCCCAUAGAAUAAACUCUGUCAAAAAUUCCGACCUUGUUAUGGUGGUUGACGAUGGCGAAAUCAAAGAAUUUGAUACUCCGGAGAAUUUAAUGAAUAAGGUUGGUAUUUAUCAUCAGUUGGUGGAAAAUUCUAAUGUGCUUUAUUAG